UGGUGUGGCUUGGUCUGGGAGGAAGCUUCUGGAACUACUCUUUAGCUUGUGUCCAGCCCAGACACUCGUGCUGGGGACCUGUACUCUCCAGUGCACAUGGACCCAAAGCUGAACACACUCUUUAGGUGUGUCACAGUCUGCUGUGUCUCCGGGAUCCUUUCAGCCUGAAAGCUGGUCCUGGAGCCUGGUCUCCCUCCCUUUUCGGCUUGGGCCCAGGCUUCAGGCUAGAUUCAGACUCAGACCAGAUCCUGGUCCUUUCCAUCACUAGGCUCGAGGGAAAUGCAAUGUUCCAGGAUUGAGCUAAGCCAAAGUUGCCGGAGACAUGGCUCCUUGCCUACCGGCUGGCCUAGAGGACACGUGACAGACCACAGUCACCACACGUAGGUAGCAGUCCCCAAAAGAAGGGGAGCAGAGCAAGGCUGGCAGUUACUGGGGACCCAGGGUCAAGGGAGAUCAUCUUGGAUUUGUGAAAAGAGUUAUAUUCCCAAUGGGAGGAACUUGUACACAUCACUUAGGUUGGACUGAUUGUUGGGUCAGGAUGGGGAUCUAUCUGCAGCUGAGGUGGGCAGACCACCAGGCCUUUGGCCUACAAGGUGUAUACAGACGCAGGCAAGGGGGAAAGCAGGGGCAGUGGCUUCAUUUUUCUUUUUUCCUGACGAAAACAGAAAAAAUAUGAUCUAAAGUAUCUGAGGAGACAGGCCAGUGAUUAAGAAGUAAGGGGUGAUGCCAGGCCUCCACAACAGAGGGCUGACUUCUGCAGAAGAGGGCGAGAGUCAGACUUGGAGGGCAGGUCAGAGUGGAGAUGGGUGACUCCCAGGGGUAGCUGGUGAGGACUUAGUCAAGAUUGCCUGGUUAGGGAGAAGGAGGCUCACGGGGACAAGUCCAGGCCCUCCCCUGUAGGGUCAGUGCACUCAAGGGACACACAGUCCUCACGGUCUGUGUUUCCCUGUAUUGAUAAUCUGGGAGCUAGGGCACAGGUGAUAGGAAGUGGAUAAGCUGUGACUUGGUGUCCCAGGUAACUGCCCCUCUGUUACCAGGUAAUGGCUCUCGUCUUUAAAAACCCUCAGCAGGAGCUGGGACUCGGAACACAUAUCCCUCACCUCUGUUUUGUUCUUCCUUCCAGCUGCUGGUACCUUCCAGAACUAUUACCCUCCUUUUAGGUACUAGUGCAUAGCUCAUGCUUUCCCUAGGUAGACCAGCAGGCCUUUGGGCUACAAGGUUGAUAGAGAUGUAGAUAAAAGUGAAAAUGGGGCCCAUUUCAUUUUCCGAGAAUAACCAGCCGCUGCCAGUAUGGUGACUGUGCACAACCAGAGGAAACGCUUUCAGCCUCCCUCACACACACACUGUCACGACUCUAGAAACUGCAUUUCUCGGUCCUCUCUAUAGGCUCAGUGUGUAGUUUUGUAGGUGUGCACAGUACAAGAGCCUGGGAUAGCUCUGUAAAUUGCAAUAUGUCUCCAGCAGGUGGCAGCACAGUGCCCCAAGGAGGCCCGCCGUGGUUUGUUUUGUUUUGCACUACUAAAGCUGGUGUUAAACUCCAGGGCUCCUUCUGAGUGCAAAGAAUGCAGGUGUGCAUAACUGCAUAACUACGUCCUCCUAGUCCUGGCGUUCCGAGUGUCCUGCUUCUGUUAUCUGGGAUGCACUGCUCCCUGUAACUGUUCAAGAUGCCAUAGAGACACUAGCUCUUAGGUGGGUCCUCAGCCAGGAGAGGCAUGUUCUUUUGAGCUCCAGGGCCCCAGGCAAGCCCCUCUAUUACUCCACAAAGGAUGCUAUUUACUUGUCUUCUCUCCGGCUGGCUGAACCAUCUUUGCCAACCUUUAACCUAGCCCCAUGUCUAGUAAAGCACAUAGCAUUUGCUCAAUACAGUCUUUGCAGAGAAGUUAGAAGUAAUGCUCCAUAGUGUUUACCUGGCCUGCAGGAGCCUUGGGUUCAGUCCCCUGUGCAGCAAUGCGCGUGCACCCACCCACCCACACACACACAUGCACACACGCACCAAUACAAAGUUUGCUGAAGGAAGAACCUGCUAUUCUAUAAAUCCAUCAAAAGCUUGGGCUGUCUGGGUAUGCUCACUUCAUUUAGUCUUUGAAAUUUUAUUGUUGGGUUAGGCUGGCUUAUGGGAGCCGCGUGCCAAGACAAAACUGUUCUUCAGGCUCUGAAUCUCUUACUACUUCAGGACUCAUGCCGUGAUGGGUGUCAGAGGGCAGUUUAGGGAAUGACCUUGGACGGUUUUUGGUGUUGAUGGUACAGAGACACUGUGAUAGCUCACAGACCUGCUCUGUGGCCCCACAUGCCAGAAACUUUUGUUCCUUUUGCGAACUGGUGUUUUGCAAAGUGAGUGUGAUUGUACCUCCCUCUUUAUUUGGUGACUGGGAAACUCAAAUUAGCAUUCGCUUUUUAAACCCCUCCAGUGCUGAUCCCAGGUCCCUGAGCAUGGCAGGCAGGUACUUAGCCAGCCCAGGGAUGCAGCUGAAAGUCACCUGCAUGCUCCAUAUUGCCCCAUGCGCUUCAGCAGAUUGUCUGCCCAUUCCACAUAAUGUUUGUAAGGCGAACAGGCAUGUUCUAGUUGGCAGGGUUCUAGUUUCUUUAGGCAGAGGCCCAAAGAAAUCAAAUACCUAGGAAAUAAGUGCUGUUGGGUUAGCUACUGUGGUUUCCAGGAUUGAUGGGCAGGAUCACACUCCAGGGCACUUCUGACCUCAGGCCCAAAGUGGACUUUGGGUCUCAGUGAAGGCCAAGGUGAACAGAGAAUCUUGGAAUGUCAGCUUGUUGGACCUCCUUGCCAGGAGCUCUGGGCCUGCCUCACUAAUCCUUACCAAACUCUGACACCCCUGCCGUGGCCCGCACAUAGUGGGUGAACAGCAAGUACUGGUCACUCUCCAGUCUCAUGGUUUAGCUCUUUCAGUCUGGCCCUUUCCUCUACUGGGUCCCAGGGAUGAGCUCUGUUCCCUAGGAGGCACAGCUGCUGUGGGGAAGAUUGCUGUUGUCCGAUGUGUGUAGUUAGGGCUAACUACGGCACUUCUGGGUUCCUCUUGGUGACAAGGGAACUAUUUCAAACAAACAAACAGCAAGCAAACAAAAAGUCCAAAAGGUUGGGAGGGAUAGCCUGUCAUCAUCUAAGUCUGGAGACCGUCAGUGGGUCCCCAGAGCCACUGCAGGAGCUGACCAGUCACUGCUCUUCUUGCCUGCAGUUCUGACGAAGAUGCACUGGACACCAGAACACGCCCAGCCCCUCAACCAGUGGCCAGAGCAGCACCUGGACGUCUCCUCCACUACCCCAUCGCCGGCCCACAAGUUGGAGAUGCCUCCAGGGGGUCGCCAGCGCUGCCAUUACGCUUGGGCACACGAUGACAUCUCCGCCCUCACUGCCUCCAACCUCCUCAAGCGCUACGCUGAGAAGUACUCCGGAGUCCUGGACUCGCCCUAUGAGCGCCCGGGCCUGGCCAGCUACAGUGACACCGCCUUUCUCAACGGCGCCAAAGGGGACCCGGAGCCCUGGCCCGGGCCGGAGCCACCUUACCCAUUGGGCUCGCUCCACGAAGGCCUCCCGGGAGCCAAGCCGGCCGGCGGGAGUGGGUCCGCGGGCCUCGGAGGCUCCCCGGUGGUAGCGGGGAACCUGGCUGAGCCGUUAUAUACCGGCAAUGCGUGCGGGGCCCCGUCGGGGGCCCCCGAGUACGCGACGAGGGCCUCGCUGCGGGCGGCUCUGCUGGCUUGCCUGGACGGCGGCUGCGGUGCGCGCCACGAUGGCGUGCUGGUGGUGGGUACCACCUCACGGCCGGCGACCCUGGACGAGGCGACUCGCCUGCGUUUCGCGCUGCGCUUGUACGUGGCGCUGCCCGACAGCGCGGCGCGCGGGCAGAUUCUGCAGAGGGUGCUGGCUCAGCAGGGCUGUGCAUUGAGCGAGCGGGAGCUGGCCGCCCUGGUGCAGGGCACCCAGGGCUUCUCAGGCGGCGAGCUGGGGCAGCUGUGCCAGCAGGCAGCGGCCGAGGUGGGCCUCUCCGGGCUGCAGAGGCCCCUUUCCUACAAAGACGUAGAGGCUGCUCUAGCCAAGGUGGGCCCUCGGGCUUCCCCCAAGGAGCUGGACUCUCUAGUGGAGUGGGACAAAAUGUAUGGCUCCGGACACUGAGGAUGGCCGGGGAGAGGCCACCUUCGCCAGAGGGGAUUGUUCAUGGCCAAAGGAGUGAUGAAUGUGGGGUGAGAGAGGGGAGGGCUCUGCUGGUGAGUUUGUUUGUAUGGGAAGGAAAAUGCUUCUGCCAGGCAGAUCGAUGCCAUAUGCACCAGUGUACUCAGGUUUCUCCUAUUUAUUGUGGACGGGAAGUUUGCCUUCUCCGCCGGGCACACCCAACAUGAGCUGGCACCAGGGCCUAGGGAGCUCCCGUCCCCUCCGUAAUCCGUGUCUCCUUAUCCUCUGAGCAUCACCCUUCUUUCCCCAUCCUACCUUUUCUCUAUUGGCUUAGUUUUCUCCUCGAGGCUUUGUCAUUGACCCCUCCCCAUACUAUCCCUGUACCUUGGGGCUCCUCCCUCUGGUCCCCUAGUCACGUACCAACCUCUGAGCUUUUCUGUGCCGCUCCUCUGCGUCUCCCGGACUCUGAGUUAAUCCUCCCUCCUCACUGCUCCUCAUCCACUCUGCAGGGUCUUGGCAGAAGUUCUUUUGGCCCAGAGGCUGAGAAGGGGGGUAGGGAGCCCCACAACCCCUCAGUAUAUUACCCACUAGAAAUCUUGGGUCUUAGGGGUGGGAACAAGGGGAAAAAACACCCAAAGAAGGGUUUUUUGUUGUUGUUGUUGUUGUUCAUUUUUGAGGGGGAAGUCCCAGAAAUUUAGGUUGCUUAAUAUUUUAGGCCUCUUAUUUUUGUAAGAUGUGUAGGAUUUGCUGUUUUUCGUUUUAUUUUGACAACUCAGGAAGAAACUGACCUUAGAAAGAAUGUUAGACUUCUGCUCUCCUGUUCCCCACAGGCCCCACCCCAGGGGAGCAGAUUCUCCCAGACCAGAGAGACUCGGGCUGAUGAGGAAGACCAGACAUGAGCCUCAAACUGCUAUUGCUGGGGCAGAAGCAGAAUGUAACUAAAGGCUUCCUCCCCAGGCCCAGCUUGCAAGGGAGAGAGGAACGGGAGCAGGGCCCAGCAGAGGGCCAGGGAGACUUGCUGCUUCCUUCUGGCCAGUCUCCUGUGGGCCCCAGUCCUCGGCUUCAGGUUUUCUGGGAAACUUACAGAGGGUUGGGGUACUCUCGCUCAUGUCCUGCCUCAGGUGACACAGUGGAAUGUUCUCAGGUCACUUGCUUAGUCAGAGGCUCCCUAUACCAGGCUCCAGAAUGAAGAUGGCCUAGCCAGAGCUCUGGCUGGCACAAUAUUGACUACUAGGAGCCAGGCCUCCUGUUUCUCUGGGACCUGUCAGAAGGGAGAGCACGGCUCUGGAGACAGCUCUGUGGGGAAUGUAUUUACUUGCUCUCCCAGAUUGUGGGGCCUGGAGAGAACAACAUGACAGAGGAAAUGGAGCCCUUCGCUGCAGACCCUGUUCCUCCUGCUUGCUCCCUCCGUGGGGCUUCAGCUGUUCAGCCCCUCAGCCCAUUUCACAGUCUUUGGUGCAAAGAAGGAGCAGUCCCCAUCUUUGUCCCACCCUAGCCCCCUACUUGUCCCUACAGUUCCUAGUCCUCCUCACUUUCUGGGUGCUGAGGAUGGCAUGAGAGGCGUGGCAGGGGCCAGGUACUGAGGGCAAGCGCUAGUCUUGAGUGUGAACGAGAGAGCUGCUGUGCAGGCGCUAGCCUUGAGUGUGAAUGGGAGAGCUACCAGGCAAGCGCUAGCCUUGAGUGUGAACGAGAGAGCUGCUGUGUUCCCUUCGUCCUUGUUUCCUCCGAGCCUCUCUCUGGAGCCAGAGGCCACAGAGCGCUGCUGCCAAAAGAUCCUUGGUGGGAACAUGGAAUAAGGGAGUUCUCUCAGGUCUGGGGGUGGGGUGGGGGGUAGAGGGGCAGGGAAGUGAAGUUGGGAACCCAGCUGUCCCUUCAAGUAGCAGCACCUCUAGGGGGUUCAUGGACCAAUCCCCAGGGUCCCUACAUUUCCUUUGCUGGGCUCUUUCUGUUUCCAGGUUUGGAAGCUUUGCACAAGAAUCAGCCCCUGGCUGCAGCACCUACCUCGUGAGCAUGGGGCAGGAUGGCAGGGUGGGUCCAGCCCUAGCGAUGUUGGGGGCAUACCAAAGAAUCCAGGGGUGGAGUGCGGGGGUGGGGACAGCGUGCCCUGCAGGGGUGGGCACAUAGGCUGUCCACUCCCUCUGCUAAUAUUGGGUUGGGAUCCUCUCCUUCAGCUGUAACCAUUUCUACCUCAUUUUGCUGUGUGUUGUACAUGGACAUAUUUAUCUCCUGUCUGAUAAUGCUCUGCAGUUGUGGUCUGUCUACCUCAGAAGAGA